AUGCCAUUUCAAAAUAUCGAGAAUUUUUCUUUAUCAGAAAAUGAAAUGUUAAAUCAAAUAUCAUUAGAUUCUCCAAUUAAUUACUUAAAUUCAUAUAAUCUCAACAAUAACAAUAUUAAUUUACAGCAAGAUAUCAUAAACAAUGAAAAUGAACCAGAGUAUAAUAUUUUCAAUAACUUGAAUAAUGCUGACGAUUUUGAAUUGACAAAUUCUGUUAAUAUGUUUUCAAAUUUUUUCACCGGAGUCGCAGCAAUGUCUUCUUAUAACAUGAACGAAGAAAAUAAUCAAUUGGAUAAUGGUAUAUCUAAUUCAUCAUUCUCUUCUUCCAUAUCUUCCGAAUCGUUAUCUUCCUUAAUUGAGGACCAUCGUAAUGAUAACAAUGCGUCUCCUAUCUCCGAAGAAAAUGAUCUCGUGACCAACGGUAAAAAUAAAAUUCUGACGUCAUCUAAAAACACAGCUACAACUACUACUACAAUUUUCAAUGAUGUUAAUAACAAUUCAAAGAUUACUAUUGAAUUUCCUCAAGCAAACGAAGAAAAUUCUAUUGAUGAUUUUUUGACACCAGUGUCUUCAAUUACUAUGUCAUAUGAUGACUUAUUAACUCAAAAUAACUUAAUCUUUUCUACUACUGCUGCUGCUUCUGCUGCUGUCACAGAAAAGAAACAGGAGAAAAUUGAAAAUAAAAUUAAGAACCCAAAGAAAAGUAUUUCAAAGAAGAAAUUAAAGAAAUGUGUCCAUAGCCACACAAUUGCCAGUAUAACAAAUAAUUUGAAAAAGGUAUCCGAUUCGAGACUCUCCGCACAGGGUCUUGCUCAGGUGUUACACCUGGACUCUCCAGAAGAAGCUUUACAACGUGAGAAGUAUAUUCUUCAUAUUUUUGAACACGAACUACACUAUCCAUUGGGUUACAAAACAUGGAUUAGAGAUACUGAUAAAACUGAAAGAAUUGAGCUGAUUAAUAAUUUAUAUGAUAGAGUAAAAUCCAGGUACCCUGACUACAACCCUGAAAUAUUAGAAACAAUAAUUAGAAGAGCAACCUAUUAUAUGAUGCAAAGUAGAUUGAGAAGAGAAAGAAGAGCCAAAUGCAAAAAUAAGGAUCAAAACGAGUGA